CUGCCGCGGGGUCUGCGGGGCGCCUCGGGGCCGCCAUGCAGAAGAUCAAGUCGCUGAUGACCCGGCAGGGUCUGAGAAGUCCACAGGAGAGUGUUCAUGACCUAAGUCCUAUUGAAAACCUCCGGUUUCCUACUAAGGAGGAGCUCAGAGAAUCAUGGGAAGAACCAACUGAUCCUCAAGCUCAGCAAGAAAUAAUUAAUAGCAUUGAAGAAGUUUAUUUUUCCAAUGAUGCCUUUGAUAUUGUGAAGUAUGAAUUAGAGAGGCUUCCUCCUGUACUUAGUCUUCAAGAACUGGAAGAAUAUAGAGACAAACUAAAACAACAGCAAGCUGCUGUAUCUAAGAAAGUUGCAGACUUGAUUCUUGAAAAACAACCCGCAUACGUUCAGGAACUGGAACGUGUUACAUCAUUGCAGAAUGGCCUUCAGUUAGCAGCUGUUAUUUGUGCAGAUGGAAGAAGGCACCUGAAUAUUGCAAAGGAAGGCUUCACACAAACCAGUUUGGGACUUCUUGCAAACCAGAGGAAAAGGCAGUUGCUUAUUGGACUACUGAAGUCUCUGAGGACAAUAAAAACACUGCAAAGAACUGAUGUGCGUUUAAGUGAGAUGCUGGAGGAAGAGGACUAUCCAGGAGCUAUUCAACUGUGUUUGGAAUGCCAGAAAGCUGCCAGCACUUUCAAACACUACAGUUGUAUAAGUGAGCUGAAUUCAAAACUGCAAGAUACUUUGGAACAAAUAGAGGAACAAUUGGACGUAGCACUCUCCAAGAUAUGUAAGAACUUUGAUAUCAAUCAUUAUACAAAGGUUCAACAGGCUUACAGGCUGCUUGGGAAAACACAGGUUAGUGUUUGUGUUGUGAGUAAGCUGUAAAAACUGGUGGUGGAA